AUGGCUAAGUCCACAUUUGUCUUGCUCUUGGCUUUAACUCUUCUUGCUUUUGCACCCUUUUGCUUUUGUCUCAACACACAUGGAGGCAAUUUGUACCCACAAUUCUAUGACCGUUCGUGCCCGAGGGCUCGUGAGAUUGUUCAGACCGUUGUUGCAAAGGCGGUUGCUAAAGAAGCUCGUAUGGCGGCUUCACUUGUUAGGCUCCAUUUCCACGACUGCUUUGUUAAGGGCUGUGAUGCGUCGAUACUAUUGGACAGCACGGGUAGCCUAGUCAGCGAAAAGCGAUCCAACCCUAACCGAAACUCAGUCCGCGGGUUUGAAGUGAUUGACGAGAUCAAAUCGGCGAUUGAGAAAGAGUGCCCUCGCACCGUGUCUUGUGCCGAUAUCAUGGCUCUUGCUGCAAGGGACUCUACAGUUCUUGCUGGUGGGCCCAGUUGGGAGGUUCCACUGGGAAGGAGGGACUCCAAAGGAGCCAGCUUGAGUGGCUCAAACAACAACAUUCCUGCUCCCAACAACACUUUUCAGACCAUCUUAACUAAAUUUAAGCUACAAGGAUUGGACAUUGUUGAUCUUGUUGCAUUAUCUGGAAGCCACACCAUAGGAAAUGCUAGAUGUGUGAGCUUCAGGCAGAGGCUCUACAACCAAUCAGGAAACUCGAGACCCGAUUUCACCCUCGACCAAUCGUACGCCGCCAAGCUGCGGGCCGGGUGCCCGAGAUCCGGUGGGGACCAGAACCUGUUCGUCUUAGACCCUGUCUCGCCUACGAAAUUCGACAACAGUUACUUCAAGAAUCUGUUGAGCAAUAAAGGCCUUUUGAGUUCUGACCAAGUUCUGGUCACUAAGAACCGACAGUCGCUCGAGCUCGUGAAGAAAUAUGCCGAGAAUAACGAGCUUUUUUUCGAGCAGUUUGCAAAGUCGAUGGUUAAGAUGGGGAAUAUUUCGCCGUUGACCGGGAACAGGGGAGAAAUCAGGAAGAACUGCAGAAGGAUUAAUGCCUAA